AUGAAACGAUCCGUUACACAUGCACAGGUCUCGCAGUGCGAAGCUAUUAAUAAGAAGAAGAAAACACAUAGGGAGAAAGUUGAAGCUGAAAUUAGAAGACUUGAAGCUAUCAGAAAUAAUAAUCCGUUUACACAUCCAAAUCCCGACGCCGACUAUUUAUUACAAAACAUUAAUCUACUCAAAAGAAGUAUACAACCAAGAGUUGACAUAGAUGACGAGCCUAAAUGGUUUACCAAAAGGAUUAAAAAAGACGAAUCUUGGUCUCCGACUACAGCAGAAGAAACCGAGGAAGUAUUACGCCUGUUAAAGAGUGUUAAAACACCACCGCCAGCAGACCCACUACCCAGCACAUGGUACCAACCAAUGCCAGAAAAUACAGAAAACUCCAACCUCACCUCAGAAGAACACAUUACAAUUUAUGGAUGA